CGUCUCUCUUUGUUCAUCGAUAGUCACCGCAAUACAAAUACAUGAACCUUCCCUUGCUGAGGAAUAGAUCUGCUCUCCUAAUUGCCGCAAUGGUCGUCACACGUUCUCAGAAACGCCGUGGGCUGGCUAGUGUCGCCGGCUUCUCUCCUCGGGUAACACGGCAAUCAAAAACCGCUCUAGAUGCUCGUAGCACAACAGCGAAGAAGUCGAAAAAGCCUGUUGUCAGCCGAAAAAAAUCAUCGAAACCAAAGAAACGCAAAACUUCUGUUGCAGAGAUUUACGAAGAAUUGAAGCCCAAGACUCCGAAACAGGGAACAAUCAGAACAGUCAAGAUAGACGACAACAAUUCUCAAUCCAAGGGUUCGGGAAACGCCGACACCGUCGGAUCCAAUUUGCUCUUGUCACUCCCAGAAGACACCAUUGUGGCAGAAUUGCGGAAACGGCCUUCCCGGCGAAACCGAUCCCCGUACGUGGGCGACGUGUGGCUGGAAGACGAGCAACGCGAAGCCAUCGUGCACCUUCCCAACCUCGAUAUGGGCGGGAAGUGUGUGCCUGGAGCGAAGCUGUUGCUCAAGCCAGCGCGGGACAAAAAAGGUAACCUGGUCGGCAAAGACGCCGUGAAUCCGAAAUACGGAACGCCCAAGUGCGAAUUCAUUGCGCAGCUGCUGCGGUACGACGAGUCCGAUCUCGGGUACGAGCCGGCGUGGGUUGGCGCACACCCGUCUCUCGGAGAGAAAAUUGCGGAGGAGCUUGUUGGUCGCAACUUGCUGGGGCCCGAGUUUCCAAAGGUGAAAAGCUACAAACGAGAAGUUCGCAACGUAGGGGGAACGGAUAUGAGAGCAGACUUCCUGGUCGAGCACGAAGAUUCUAGCCUACCGCCUCGCAUACUGGAAGUCAAAACCGUAGUUGACACGGAUUAUUCCAAGGCAGCAAUUCCGGAUCGAUCAAAGUGCAUCUUUACCAGUGACGAAGAACCCUACCGAAGGACGGCAAUCUUUCCCUGGGGAUCUUCCAAGCAAAAGGGACCCGACGGAGAGGCCGUCGUUUCAGCGCGUGCCAUCAAACACGUUCGUGAGCUCACUCGAAUGAUUUCGGACGAGACAAAAGAUUUCGAUUGCACCGUUUUGUUUGUUGUCAUCCGCCACGAUGCAAAGGCAUUUCGUCCGAAUAUCGACGCAUGCCCAUCGUUUGCGAGGUACAUCAGAGAGGCAAAAGAUGCCGGAGUUCAGGUUCUGGCCAAGCAGGUGAUAUGGGGCGAGGAAACAGAAGAAUUGGGGAAGUGCUACGAAGGGAAAUUACUAGACAUAGUAUGGCCUUGAAAAGUAUGCAGAACAUGUCAGAAUGAGUGAGCAAACAAGCUCAGCUACUACUGCUACUCGUAGUUUUUUCAAAAACGACUUGUUUCGUCAAAAUCAAAAGGAGUAUCACCA